UGCUUCGCCUGUUCUAUAUAAACCCCGUCUGGUUGCUGCACUGCACCGCUUAAUAUCCCCCUCUUCACUCUACCCUCACCCAUCUCUUCCAUUCCAAGAAGAAGAAGAAGAAGGAGCAGCCAUGGACGUCCUGCAUUUCUUCUUCGGCAUUUUCGGAAAUGCAACUGCCCUGUUUCUCUUCCUGGCUCCAACGAUCACAUUCAAGAGGAUAUUAAGUAGGCGGUCCACUGAGGAUUUCUCCGGCAUUCCCUACGUCAUGACUCUGCUCAACUGCCUCCUCUCGGCUUGGUACGGGCUUCCUUUUGUGUCGCCGAACAACCUCUUGGUGUCAACCAUCAAUGGGACCGGUGCGGCGAUCGAGUCCAUCUACGUGCUGGUCUUCCUGAUAUUCGCUCCCAAGAGGGAGAAGGCGAAGAUUCUCGGGCUCCUCACGUUCGUUAUCGCAGUUUUCUCGGCCGUGGCCUUUAUCUCCCUCUUUGCCCUCCACGGCAACAAGAGGAAGCUCUUCUGCGGCUUUGCCGCCACCAUAUUCUCAAUCAUCAUGUACGCGUCGCCUCUUUCGAUCAUGAGAUUGGUAAUUAGAACAAAGAGCGUGGAGUUCAUGCCCUUCUUCCUAUCAUUGUUCGUGUUCUUGUGCGGCACUUCGUGGUUCAUCUACGGUCUGCUCGGUCGUGAUCCUUUUGUUGCUGUGCCCAAUGGGUUCGGGAGUGGGCUUGGGACAGUGCAGCUGAUUCUGUAUGCCAUCUACCGCAAAAACAAGGGCGAGCCCAGGAAGGCCUCCGAUGGUGAUAGGAACAGCUCGUUGGAGAUGGAUGAGAAGGACCACAAAGCAAUCAAGAAGCCGAACUCGAACCAGUUCGACAAGAUCCCAGUCUAGCAAGCUCCUUAUCCUGCACCACCGGUGACAAGGUCUCCUCGCAUGGCAAGAUCGAGAAGUUGAAUGGACUAUGUUCUCACUAGGUACCGAUAAAUAGACAAUUUGAAUGAAUCAACCAACCAGUUAACAUACCUAUUCACAAGCCCCAAAGAAGCGCUGCUAGUAUAGGAAUACUAAUCGUCGAUUACUGCGGUUAGUGUUAGCGCAAGAUCAAACUAGCCUAAAAACAUUGGCCCCUUUUCUUUCUUACUUUAUCGGAAUUCUUCAUUUUGAUUUUUCAGCUUCGGUGUUUAAUUUUGGAUCUCUUGCUUUGUAAGCCUUGGUUGAUGACGUGUGACAUCAUUAUGAACAUUAAUUGAAUGUUUUCUCACAA